UGUGGGACCCACCGGCGUCGAGCUCCAACACUAGCCGCGUGCAUUAAACGCAUGCUAUCGACAGCGUCUCUUCCCAUCACAUCCGUCAUCCACUCUACACCGCCAGACACUCAACCACCAUGGCUUGGGCUUGGGUUGACAGCUUCAACACGCGCGUGGCGACCUCGCCGUUCGGAAAGUACUUUCGCCUCGAGGGUUCAGGCCAUGCCAAGGAGCGCAAGGGCACCGUCUUCACCACCGAGGUGCGCGCCGGCAUGGCGACCUUCUUCGCCAUGGCCUACAUUAUCAGCGUGAACUCGGCCAUUGUCUCGGACUCGGGAGGAACCUGUGUCUGCCCCGCCGAGUCCAUGGCGGACCUCUGCGUCAGCAACCCAGAGUACAUGCAGUGUGUGCAGGAGAUCCGGCGCGACCUCGUCACCGCCACGGCCGCCAUCGCCGCCCUGUCCACCUUCUGCAUGGGCCUGUUCGCCAACCUCCCCAUCGCCCUUGCUCCGGGCAUGGGCCUCAACGCGUACUUCGCCUACACUGUCGUCGGCUUCCACGGCUCGGGUCUCGUUCCUUACAAGGUCGCUCUUACUGCCGUCUUUGUCGAGGGCUUCGUCUUUGUUGGUCUCACGCUCCUCGGUAUCCGUCAAUGGCUCGCCCGUGCCAUCCCUGCGUCCAUCAAGCUCGCGACGGCCGUCGGUAUCGGUCUCUACCUUACCAUCAUCGGCAUGACCUACGCCGCCGGUAUCGGUCUCAUCACCGGUGCUCAGGCCACCCCGGUCGAGCUCGGUGGAUGCCACCCCUCGAUGCGCGACAAGGACGGUAUCUGCCCUAGCUCGGACAAGAUGCGCAACCCUACCAUGUGGAUCGGCAUCUUCUGCGGCGGUAUCUUCACCGUCAUGCUCAUGAUGUUCCGCGUCAAGGGUGCCAUCAUCUUCGGUAUCCUCCUCGUCUCCAUCAUCUCGUGGCCGCGCGGCACCCCCGUCACGAACUUCCCCCACACCCCCCUCGGAAACGACGCGUUCGACUUCUUCAAGAAGGUCGCGACUUUCCACCCCAUCAAGCACACCCUCAACGUCCUCGACUUCAACAUCAAGGAGCACGGCGGCCAGUUCGGUCUUGCCUUCAUCACCUUCCUCUACGUUGACAUUCUCGACGCUACCGGUACCAUGUACGCCAUGGCCAAGUUUGGUGGUUUCCUCGACAAGCGUACCCAGGACUUUGAGAACUCGUCGAUCGCCUACUGCAUCGACGCCUUCGGCAUCUCGAUCGGCUCCCUCUUCGGUGCUCCCCCCGUCACUGCCUUCAUCGAGUCGGGUGCUGGUAUUCUUGAGGGUGGCAGGACCGGUAUCACGUCCAUGGUGACCGGCUUCUGCUUCUUCAUCGCGGUCUUCUUCGCGCCGAUCUUCGCCUCCAUCCCUCCCUGGGCUACCGGCUGUACUCUUAUCCUCGUCGGCGCCCAGAUGGCUGCCGAGUCGCGCAACAUCAACUGGAAGUACAUGGGCGACGCUAUUCCAAGCUUCCUCUGCCUGGCGAUCAUGCCCUUCACCUACUCGAUCGCCUACGGUCUUAUCGCCGGAAUCUGCUCUUACAUUCUCAUCAACGUGACUGUUUGGCUUAUCGAGAAGGCGUCUGGCGGCCGUAUCCGUCCCCAGAACAAGGACGACAAGGAGCCCUGGACGUACAAGCUCGAGGGCGGUUUCCUCCCGCCUUGGCUCAACAAUGUCACGCACGGCCGCAAGCCUUGGGCGGACGACCCGGAGGCCAACGUCGCUCACUACGACGACGAUGAGGACAAGGACGACGCUCCCACGCGUACCGGCUCUGGCCAGCAGGACGCCCUGGCCCUCCCCAAACAAAAGGAGGAGGCCGACAACCAGCUCAAGGCUUGAGCCGGUGCCAAGACAUAUACAACUUCCGAGGGAUCUUCAGUACUAUAGUCCGGCAUGACCUACAUGCAUGUGUAUAACACAGAACA